UAAUAGCACUAGAUCCUGGCAACCUGCUUUCCCUGGCAGAACGCUUUUCCCCAGGCAGCAACGAGCUAACACAACUAGCAGGCAGUCAGUAGUGAUAGUGACUGCUACUUGCACUUCUUUUUUCAGGCACAUCGGAGAGAGAUUUUUUUCUCUCCGCUCACCUGCAUUUAAUCACGGCGUCUUUGGUGAAAUCAACGACUUGGACUUGUCCGUUUGGAUUAUCAACUCUUUUGGAUAGCAGGAUUAUUUUCCCAUUGAGCGCAGCGGAUGGUUUUGCUUUAAACCGAAGGAGCAGGAGAUCCGGGGCCUGCAGUGACAGAAGGGUGCAGUCCCCGACGUUGCUUGGUUGUGACCCAGAAGACGGCACCGACGGCUAGACUAGCUGUCACAGAGCCGUGCGGCUAGCAGGUUAAGGCUGCAACACAUCUGCUCAGCAUCCCAGUGUUUCAAUAAGGAUUUAUAUUCGGGACAACCGGUGCGAGGGACAAAUAUGUCGAUUUUGGUUCUUUCGGGUAAGAUAUAAAGGACGCCCCCGUGAAAAGGGAUUUUCUUUGCAGCUAGCCAAGUAAUACCAGGCUGUAAGCUAGCUGUCACCAUUAGCCAUCGUUUAGUCGGUCCUACCGUCCGCACACAACGACGGGACGGCCAAAGAGGACCGCUGGCCCCGCAAAAGCAGACGAAAUUAUUUAACGUUUUUUUUAAGGCCGUGUAAAAGACUUUAAGGAACCGACAUGACUGCCAUUAUCAAAGAGAUAGUCAGCCGGAACAAAAGGCGUUUUCAAGAAGAUGGCUUUGACUUGGACCUGACCUACAUAUACCCCAACAUCAUCGCCAUGGGGUUCCCUGCAGAGAAGCUAGAGGGCGUCUACCGCAACAACAUAGAUGACGUUGUACGGUUCCUGGACUCCAAACACAAGAAUCACUACAAGAUUUACAAUCUAUGUGUAGAGCGGCAGUAUGACACCGCAAAGUUCAACUGCAGAGUGGCCCAGUACCCGUUCGAGGACCACAACCCCCCCCAGCUGGAGCUCAUAAAGCCCUUCUGUGAGGACCUGGACCAGUGGCUGAGCGAGGAUGACAACCACGUGGCUGCCAUCCACUGCAAGGCGGGCAAGGGCCGGACCGGAGUCAUGAUCUGUGCCUACCUGCUGCACCGGGGCAAGUUCCUCAAGGCCCAGGAGGCCCUGGACUUCUACGGAGAGGUCCGCACCCGGGACAAAAAGGGAGUUACCAUCCCGAGCCAGAGGAGAUAUGUGUACUACUACAGCCACCUCCUGCGGAACAACCUGGACUACAAGCCGGUGGCCCUGUUGUUCCACAAGAUGGUCUUUGAAACGGUCCCCAUGUUCACCGGAGGAACAUGCAGAGACUCGGCCGUAAAAAACAAGAGCGAUGCGGUGAUUCCUCAUGGCUUCAGGAGAGGGAAUUGGCACUGGGAUCCCCAGUUUGUGGUGUACCAGGUGAAGGUAAAGAUCCACACGUCCAACCCAACCCACACACGGAGAGAAGAACGUCUCAUGUUCUUCGAGUUCCCCCAGCCACUUCCUGUCUGCGGGGACAUCAAAGUAGAGUUCUUCCACAAGCAGAACAAAAUGAUGAAGAAGGACAAGAUGUUCCACUUCUGGGUGAACACCUUCUUCAUCCCCGGGCCUGAGGAGCAUGUGGAGAGGCUGGAAAACGGCAGCGCCGGGACACAGCGGGAGCGAGUGGACGGAGUCCUCGAGAACCAGGGGACGGGCGGGGGCGGCGUUCCAGACAGCGACCGGGACUUCUUGGUGCUGUCACUGACAAAGAAUGACCUUGACAAGGCCAAUAAAGACAAGGCCAACAGAUAUUUCUCCCCAAAUUUUAAGGUGAAGCUGUAUUUCUCCAAGACGGUGGAGGAGGGGGCCAACUCCGACGCCACCUCCAACUCGGUGACCCCCGACGUCAGCGACAACGAGCCCGACCACUACAGAUACUCGGACACCACGGACUCGGACCCCGAGAACGAGACUUUCGAGGACGAACUGACGCAGAUCACUAAAGUCUGACUUGCAUAUAUAAAUAUAUAUAAAUAAAUAUAUAUACAUACGUACAUGUACACCCCCAGAGCCCCCCCCUCCGACUCCCCCUCCCUACCCACCCUCCCACCACCCACUUCCCCCAAAGAAAAAAGGCUAGCCGACGGUUAGCUCAAGGGGGGUGGGGAACCAACUGAUGCGGUGGACCAGGGACUGAUGGCGCUGGGAGAUCAGUUGAAAUCCCCUACACCCCACCCCAACCCUCACCCUCUAACUGCUCACCGUAAGACAAGACAGCUGGACAAUCAGAUUUAGAGGAGGGGUUCGGUGGGCAGGAGGG